AUACACACACUCGCCCCUUCCCUUCCCCUCUGCCUCCAAUCUUCCCUCCUCCUCCCUUCGACGCUCCCCCCUUGCUUCUCGCGCACACUAACCAAUCCGAGCACCCGACGCCGCGGCCCCCGAUCGAAUCCACCGGAGCCGCCCGCCCCGGGCCCGCCCGCGCCAUUGCCCGAAUCGGGAGGCGUUCGUUCGUCCGCCCGCGCUGCUGCCCCCGCACCCCCGCGCCGUGGCGGUGGCGUUGGCGGCAUGUAUCAUCGCUAGAGGGGGUGGUGGAGGAGGAGGCGCCGGCGGCGGGGAUUAGGGAGGCAGUGGUGCCGGUGCCAGGAGGAGGAGGCGUAGCCGAUGAAGGCGACUGCUCCGCCGGCGAAGCGGCGGAGAGGCCCGCGGCUGGCGGUGCUGGCGCUCGUCUUCUGCUCGCUGCUCGUGCCGAUCGCCUUCCUCUUCAACCGCUUCCCCGCCGUGUAUGUGACGGAUGAGCGCCCCCAGCAGGAGAUUGACUUGCCUUCACAUGCGGGGUUUGCAAGUGUUGGCUCUGUAGUAAAGCGGGACAGUGCUGGUGUUAUUGGUGUUAAUGUGGAGGCACAGGAUUCAUCUGAGAAGAUUUCCAGGAGCAGUGAAGACUCCCACAAUGGUAUUGAUACCGACUCUUCCAGCAUUAGCACUGAACCAAAAGCUCUCCCCCCUCCGAAAAUUGAACAACCAGUUCUCCCCCCUCCAAAAGUUGAACAACCAAAACCAGAAGUGAAGCCAGUACCAGUUCCAGUUCAACAAAAAGGUGACGAUAGGUGGAUUAGGCCUCCCAGAGUUCAAAAUGCUGAUGAAGUGGAAAAGGCUAAGGCUUGUCAACUUGAAUUUGGGAGUUACUGUCUCUGGUCCAUAGAGCACAAAGAAGUUAUGAGGGAUACCAUCGUGAAAAGGCUGAAAGAUCAGCUAUUUGUAGCUCGAUCAUACUACCCAAGCAUUGCGAAACUUAAAGGAAAGGAGGCACUGACUCGUGAAUUGAAGCAAAAUAUUCAAGAACAUGAGAGGGUUCUCAGUGAAUCCAUUGUUGAUGCUGAUCUACCAUCCUUUAUAAAAAAGAAGAUAGAGAUAAUGGACCAAUCAAUAGCAAGAGCCAAAUCGUGCACUGUGGAUUGUAACAAUGUCGACAGAAAGCUUCGUCAAAUUCUUCAUAUGACAGAGGAUGAAGCUCAUUUUCAUAUGAAGCAGAGCGCAUACCUGUACAACCUUGGUGUUCACACCAUGCCCAAAAGUCAUCAUUGCCUUAAUAUGAGGUUGACAGUAGAAUAUUUUAAAUCCACACCAUUGGAUCCAGAUGACUCUCCUGCCCAUAAGUUCAACAUUCCAGACCACAGGCACUAUGUUAUAUUAUCUAAAAAUGUUCUUGCAGCUUCUGUUGUCAUCAACUCAACUGUUAGUAGCUGUGAGGAUACUGAAAAUGUAGUCUUUCAUGUACUAACCGAUGCUCAAAAUUUCUAUGCCAUGAAGCACUGGUUUGCAAGAAAUUCCUACAGGGAAUCAGCUGUCGAUGUCAUAAACUAUGAACAAAUUAUUUUCGAGAAUUUCCCUGAGUUCGGAACCCAGCCAUUGUAUUUGCCUGAGGAAUUUCGUGUCUUCAUCAGUAGCCUUGAGCGGCCUACUGAAAAGAGCAGAAUGGAGUAUUUAUCAGUGUUCAGUCAUUCACAUUUCUUUAUUGCGGAAAUAUUCAAAGAUUUAAAGAAGGUAAUUAUAUUGGAUGAUGAUGUGGUUGUUCAACGUGAUCUCUCUUUCUUGUGGAAUCUUGAUAUGGGAGACAAGGUCAAUGGUGCUGUCAGAUUUUGUGGUUUGAAACUUGGCCAAUUGAGGAACCUUCUGGGUAGGACAAUGUAUGAUCCACAGUCAUGUGCAUGGAUGUCUGGGGUGAACAUCAUCGAUUUGGACAAAUGGAGAGAGCAUAAUGUUACCGAGAAUUACCUGCAACUCCUGAGAAAGUUUGGAAACCAUGAUGACGAGGCCUCACUGCGGGCUGCAGCUUUGCCUAUUAGUUUAUUGUCCUUCCAGCACCUUCUAUAUCCACUUGAUGAGAGAUUCACCUUAUCUGGACUCGGGUAUGACUAUGGUAUUAAAGAGGAAGUUGCCCAGAGUUCCAUAUCGUUGCAUUACAACGGAAAUAUGAAACCUUGGCUUGAGUUGGGUAUACCAGAUUAUAGGAAGUACUGGAAGAGGUUUCUUACACGAGAUGAGAGAUUCAUGGAUGAGUGCAAUGUAAGUCCAUAGUGCACUUGAACUUGGGAGACGGAACGUUUUUGACAGUAGAUUUUCAGUCUACCUGUACUAUAGACUAAGAGGACGAACACUUCCAUUGAGAAAAGACCUGGGAAGCAGUCACUAGCCAUCAAUUUUGACAGAGUAGAUCCAGCACCAUCUGUUCAUUGAAUUAGUGAGCUCGAUGGAUGGUUUUUUCUGCAGUUAGAGGAGUUAGUCUUAAGUUUGAAGGAUAAUGCAGUAGACAAGACGACGGCAGAUGUGUGGUGGUUCGGCUCCAGGUAAGGAGCAUCACACUCAGCAUCUAGAUUACGAGACAGGAAUGAUCGAUGGGGGAUUGAGGCGCCUUAAUUGAAAUUGGUGCCUUCCGCCUCAUUGAUGAAGGUUAAUUCUUUUCUUUGUUGAUUUUUUUGACCCCUCCAUGCUCUGUCCUUCUGUCAAUAAGGACAUACACAAGUUAAGAUUCAAAUUCUUUGUUCUUAGUUGUUGCACAUUGAUUGUUCUACCAUUAUUAUGUUGAUGCAAAGUAUAUUAUGAUGUCAGAGACUCAUCAGUUACAAAAACGAGAUUGACAGUUCUGUUUGGGUGUCUUCUGAGCACUCGCUCA